AUGAAAAGCCUCACCUCAAAGGAUUAUAUAAACAAAUAUACUCACAUCUUUUAGGAAUCGUUACCACUUUGUAUAUAAUAUAGAAAGGACAAGGAAUGGGAUUAAAUUGUUCAUUUGAUAGGAGAUCAUAUUAAAGAAUUUGAUAAGCUACCAAGUGGAGUCAAGCAAAAAGUUGAUUAAUUUACAAAAAGCUCGUUAUAUUUUUUUUUAGCUGAAGCCCAAUAUCAUUUAAAAUAGGCUUUGACAGCAGAGGGAUUGUUGGCUCUUGACACGGAUGAUGAGAAGAUCAAUUAAAUAAAAGCUAAAACAUAUUUCAUGUUAUACAAGCAAACUAAUAAAAUUGAACAUAUUGAGUAUGCAGCAAAGUUAGCAGAUUAGUUUUUUGGAACUGAUCAUAAAAUCAGUUAGUUAUAUUAGACAGAACUGGACCAGAGAUAAAGAAAAAUUAAAUUCUUGCAGUUACAAUCAAUACCGAACUUCGAGGUUUUUAAGCAAGGACUGGAAUUUUAGUAUUUCAAGAAUCAAACCAAAAAAGAAGCCAAUUUAAAAAAAGGUAGAAAUAUGCAUUUAAGUGAAAUUGAAAAAUUAACGACAGAAGCAUCAACCUUUGAACCUUCUAAGAGAAUCAGAUACAAAGGUAAUGAAUCUUUACUCAAAAUUUCUGAUCAAAAAAUGAACCUGUAUCUCCCUCUUUCCAGUUCUAACCUCCAUUCUAAAUCAAUCAUUUAAUUCAGACAGAAUAACAUUACCAGUGAAUUAAGAGGAUCUUAUAAACUAGAUUCUGUUCAAGAUAUGCCUGUAGAAAGUAGUAACAUGCAAGAAUUACUCUUACAAAGGCCUCAAUCAUGCAAAUAGAGGCAUCCUAAGAAGUUAGUGAAAAAUUAGUAAACUUAACCAUCUCCUUAAAAGUAGCAUCAUCAUCAAUAAUCAAGUUUGUCCUAAUAAUAAUAGAAUCGGAAUACUCUUCUUAAAAGGAGUUAAAUAAAGCUCCAUUAACAAAACUUAAUGAAGAGUAGUUCUAAAUAACGCAUAGAGGUAAAGGAAUAAUCGUAACCUAAAAUUUUGGAUUCUAAAUCAAUAUAGUGUGAGAUUUCAGAACAAUCAAGUUAUUUUAAGACUGAUUAAUAAAGAGGUUAGCAAGAUUUGGACUUCCAUUUUUCUCCGAGAAUUGGUUAAUCCUAUUACAGUUUAAAUACGAGUUCUGGCGGUAGCAAACAUUAGAUUGAUAAUGAGUAUUUACACAAUAGAUUAGAUGGAUUAUAUAAGAUCUAAUAAGAACAUGCCUUAAGAAUGAUAAUAAAGAAUUUUAGAAGCUUUGUCCAAAAAUAAAAGAUCUAAAAGAGUCAAGACUUAAUGAAAAAGAGCACAGCCAAAUAACACUUUUCUAAUUUGAUUGUUGAAGUUGGUGCAACUAAAAAUAUAUUGAUAGAAGAGAAACUUGCUAGAAUUAAAUCAAUUCUUCAUAUAUGCUAAGUGAUAGAUCAAGGUUCUUUGAAAUCCUGGAUGAUCUAUUCACCAAUCAAACAAAUUAAUGCUGUCUCUUGGAAGAUUAAGAAUUUCUCCUGGGUCGUAUUUAAACGAUUAAAAACUAAGAAAACUUAAAUCCAUCCUGACAUAGCAAAGUUAUAUAAGGAAACUCCAAAAUAUCGGCAGAUCAUAGAAGUGUGGAGUAGUAGUAUUGAUGGCACUAAUGCUAUCUUUGUAUUGAGUAUUGCAAUAGAAGUCAAAGGCAAACAAUAUGAUAUCAGAUUACAUCUGAAAAAUAUAUAAAAUAUUUCUAAAGAUUUUGAAAAUACGUUUUCAAGUACAGAACUCAUAUCUCAAUUAAUCAAUGUUUAUUUUCAAUCUCAUGGUAUCUAAUAUAAUCACUCUAUCAAACCUACAACUCAAUUUAUUCAAACUAAAUAAACAUUACUAAGAUAAGACAUUUUGAAGAAAGGAUGUCAAAACAUUUCAAAUCAUCUGAACUAAUUGUUUCUUAAUAAUUUUCUAUAUAUGAGAACUGAAAAUGGAUACAAAUUUAGAAGAGUCACAUUUUCUGAAUAAAUUCUGGAAAAUCAAGUGGAAUUGUAUCGAUAAAUUGAAUAAAGAAGAAAUCUUAUUAAAAAGACAUUCUAACCCUUUCAUAUUGGUAGUAGAUAUUUUGGUAUUAAAAAUUCUAAUUUAAGAAAUAAAAGAUUAUUAAAAUCCUUGUCUAUUGCAAUCGAAUUGUAAUCUCCAGUCUUAUAGUCGACAGCAAUGUCUCCCUAUAAUUACUGGUAAGGAUUGAGAUCUUAAUCCUUCAAAGCAGAAUUUUAAGAUGAAAUUAUUGAAGAAUCCAGUUUUACACCCAAAUCAGGAUUUUCCUAAGCUUCACCUAGAUCUUCCAUCUCUCCCCAAAUUAGACCAAAGAAUAAUACCUUUUCUUCCUUUUCCUAAAGCUCCUCAAAUCUAAUGAAAAAAUCUAAACAAAAACCAAAUGUAGAGGAUUACUUUAAAAAUUAUCCAAAAUAAAGAGAUAUAAAAUUAAAAGAUCCCAUUCCUUUUAAUCCUUAUUAGAGUCAAUAGAUUUUACUUCUUUAUUUAACACGUGAUAAAGAAGGCUGGCAUGUUAAUUAUUUGACAUUUACAUUUAAUUUUGAAAAUCCAGAAAAUUUCGGUCACUUCCUUCUGCAUAGUUAUUUGUUUUAACAAAGGGAUGUUAUUCAGUCUAGCUAAUCCUUGCAAAAAUUCACUUAAAUUGUAGACCUAGAUAUAUCCGUUUUAAAAAUCUAUUUGGGAUACUAUAGAAAUAUUCCUUACAUAGCCAAACUGAAUUAUAUCAAGUAAAUCAAUCAAAUCGAUGGAUAUAAUUAUAAAAAAUCCAACAAUAUUAUCUUUGAUGAAUUUCCUGAAUAUAAGACAACAAGAAGGAUAGAAAGGAAAUCUUUAAUUAAUGACAACUCCUAAAUCAAUAAAGAUCAUUAUUACAUUUUUAUUUUUAAACCUUAAAAUCAAUCACGAAUAGUAUUUAGAAUUAAAUAAUCAUAUUUUAAAGGAAAAGAAAUCUACGAGUUAUACCUGUACAAAAAUCAAUAGCCAAAGUUUAUAUAAAUUAACAAUUAAUAAAGCUUAACAAAAUUACAGGAAUUGUUUAAGAAAAUCAUUAAUCAAUAAAGUAGACCUAUCAUUGGUGAGUUUUAGUAAUUGCAACGAGUCUUAAAUUAUUAUAUACUUUAAGAAUAUAAAGCAAAUGGAAGCUUUGUUACUCUGGGUUUUUAAAAUUAAACAAAAUAAAUUUUUAAUUACGAAUUGAAAUCUAAUUCAACUAAAGAAAUUUAUAAAAUACUGUUAAAACAUUUAGUUGCUAAUGAACAAAACCAUAUUAAGAAUUUACUAAGAACUUACUGUAAAAUAACUAAGUUUCAGGUAGUAUCUAAAUUAAAUAACUUUAAAGGGAUGAACUUAUUGCAGUUUACUUAAUAUUUAAUGGAGGAAGAUAUAAUGAUAUUGGAGAUUCUGAUAUUUCCAUUUGAAAAACGUUUAUCAUCCUUUAAAACAUAUCUGAAUCAUAAUGAUUUGUAGACAUUCUAGAUCUUGAAUCAUUCUGUGGAAGAGAAAGCUUUGUUCUUAAAGAAUUUACUAAGUUUGUCCUACAAAGGGAAUUCCUAAUAAGUUCAUUUGUCGCUAAAUUCAAAUUUUAAGUAUGUGAAUCAGAUAAAUGAGAAUAUGGGAUCAAAACAAAAAACGAAUCUGUUUAUUAAAUAGAAAUAGGCGAUACAAUUAAUAUUUUAAAGAGUCAAGAAAUUGAGUAAGCAUUUCUUAAUUGUGUCUUUAUUCUAAAAUACUUUAAGCCAUGAUUUAAUAAUACAAAUCUACAUUCCAAAUCUUUGCAAGUAAUUUAGGAGUGUUAUGUCAGAUUAUGAAUUUAGUAAUUUACAUCAAACCACGUUAGACAAGAUCAUUCCUGGAAACAUAUUAGAAAGUUUAGAUGAGUAUUUGAAUCAUUUUCCAUAAAGAUAUAAUAAUUUCAUAUCAUUCAUGAGAUAAUAAAAAUUGUAACAUAUUGACGAUUAGUUUUCUAUAAAAUCAAGAUUAAGUGAGAGAUCAGGAAUCUCUUCUAUCAGCAUUUAAAAGUUUAAAGAUCAAUACGAAUAAAUGCUAUUGAAUUAGUAAUAAAAUGAUCUAUCUCAUGGAUAUAAUUAUUAUCGCUCUUAAGCUUAAUCUCAAACUGGUCAUCAUCAAUACAAUCAAUUAAAGCAAAGUUAUAAGAUUUUGAGAAGCGAAAGUAAGAAGCCUUCCUCAAGAACAUAUUUUGGAAAGUUAUCACAUCCAUAAAGAGUAUCUCAUGAUGUCUAAAAAAGAAUUAGUGUGAAACCAUCAAUAAGCAAAUUUGAUACAUUUUACGAUGUCAUCAAAUUGCAAUAAAUCUUAAAAAUUGCAGCCUUAUCCAAAAAUAUUUCCUAUAAGUUCUUAAUGUGUUACUUUUGGGAAUAAUUAAUUGAGGAUUGCAACAUCAUAAUGACUAAUUACAAUAAAUACAUUUUAUAAAUAGAUACUUAUAGAGGCAUAUUAAGACAAUUGGGAGUUUCUCAAUAGGUUUAUAUUGACGAUGAUUACCAAGCAGAAAUAUUCUUUGAGUAGCAAUAAGUUGAAUAUGGUUCUAUGUUUGAGAAAUAUAGUUUUAUAUCCCUCAAAGAAUCAUAAAGCACAAAUAUCUAUUUUUCUUAUAAAAAAUUAGAUGGUUCAACUUAAAAAACAAUCAAUUUGAAAUGUUAAUUUAGACAAUGCAUUUAUAAUUACUCAUCAGUAAAUUUGAUAUUUCAUUCUUAGCUGAAUCAAAUCUCUUAUAACACAGCCUUAAGGAUUCUUAAACAAAGUAGUGAUUACUUGACUGAAUAAAUUAAGAAUAAAAAUAAAUUGAUAUCAAAAGCAUUCCAAGCUUUAAGAACCAAUAAAAAAUCCAUAAAAUUAGAAACUUAUAUUAACAAUCAUUCUAAAUAUAAGUUUAUUUAUUCUUCCAGAUUGAUGAUGAAUGUGAUAGUGACAAUCUUAUAUAAAAAUGAAAGAUUUUAUUUUUAUUUGGAAGAUUGCUAAAAGCAGAUUGAGUUUCCAAUAAAGAUGUCAAUCAGAUCUGUUUAGGAUAACAUUCCUCAUAUAUCAAUGCUUCUUCAAUGUUCAUAAGAAUAUACAAUUGGACAAAGAUUGUUAUCAACUUAUAAAAACUUCUUAAUUAUAAAAGCCUAUGAAAAGUUAUUUAAGUUCAAUAAUUGA